AGCGAGCGCCGCCUGCUGGAGGGAACCGCACAGGAAACACACAUUAGCCUGAUUAGCAGCGCAGCGCAGCGCAGAACCAGAACCAGAACCCACAUUCCGCUCAGAGUCAGAGUCAGACAGAUCUGAUGGCGUCCGCGGGUUUGUUUGGAGCUUUAAAGCGGUUUGUGAGCAGAAAUGUGAGGAUCAGGAGGAUGAAUGAGCGCAUUUGGACCGAUCGAAUCAGAACUGCAAACAGAAAAGCCUCGUUUCUCGUGGCUGUGACUCCACUGUCAUUCCUGAUUUAUGAGAGAGUCACUCAUUUCUCUUCGGUUAGAGCGCUGGACUCAGCUGAAGAAACUUUAGAGCAAGCAGAUUAUCUGUACAGCUGCGGAGAGACCCAGAAACUCUACCAGCUGCUGGUGCGCCACAGAGACAGUGAUGAUGCAGAGUUUCUGUGGCGUUUGGCUCGAGCGUCCCGUGACCUGGCGUUACUGUCCAGCAUCAGCGCCGACGAGAAGAAGACACUCACCUACGAGGCCUUUGACUACGCUGAGAAAGCUCUGGAGAAAAACGAGGCUUCCUUUGCAGCACACAAAUGGUUCGCAAUCUGCCUCAGCGACGUUGGUGAUUAUGAAGGGAUCAAAGUGAAAAUAGGAAAUUCCUACAUCAUUAGAAACCACUUAGAGCGAGCGAUUGCACUCAAUCCAAAAGAUGCAACGUCCAUCCAUAUUCUUGGUUAUUGGUGUUUUGCAUUCGCUGAAUUACCGUGGUACCAGCGGAAAGUUGCAGCAGUCAUUUUUGCGUCUCCUCCAACAGCCACUUAUGAAGAGGCUUUGGCAUUUUUCCUGAAAGCUGAAGAAGUUGACCCAAACUUCUACAGUAAGAAUCUGCUGAUGCUGGGAAAGACGUACAUGAUGCUGAGAGACGCAAAGCAGGCGGCGCUGUGGCUCACUAAAGCACGAGAUUAUCCUGCAGUCACAGAAGAAGACAAACAGGUUCAUAAGGAAGCGCUGGAGCUGCUGAAGAAACCGAUGACGAGCAGCUAAAUCAGACCCGAUCUUAUCUAACCGUAACCCUGAGAUGCCUUAAUUGAUUUUUGUAAUGACUUACCAUUGAUUUGUGUAUGAUGGCGAUUUGCUAUUUUAGACUCUCUUAGUAUCGGAGGCUGAACAGAAGGACGAAAUCUAACCGUAAUGCAGACUGUAAUUGACUAGCGCUGGUGUAUUUCUAGCACUCUUGAAUAUUUGCUGGAGUUUCAGACCUUGACGGGACGAGUCCACAGAUACGACACGCUCCCCAGCAAACAGAGACCCUGGACUGACUGCAGAUCAAAGAUCAUUCAAUGAAGCUUCAACACGGCUAAUCUGUUUAUGGGAUAGUAAUGAAUAUUUUUAUCAAACUCUCAUUUAAACUAAUCAACACACGUGUGCACCUGGAAGUGAAGACACUGAAACCUAUGUGCUAGAAUGAAACUAUGGAUCAUGGUCUUUGUUCUUUAUUUACAUGAAUCUGAUUUCAAAUGUUUUGAAAGCAAUUAAACAAACUGUUUAUUUUGGGACUACACAAACUAUAUUUUGUGCUCUCUGCCAAUGAAAUAAAUUCAAACACACGAGAAUAUA